UCUUCAUGUACUACACUUUCUCUAACCACCAUAACCAUGGCUACCAAAUUCCUCUUAGCGUUCCUUGUCAUCUCCUGCUAUGUCCUCUCCAUCUCAGCAGAAAAAGAAACAGGUUUCGUGGGGUCAGUAGAUCCUAAGUCCUUAAGCUACAAGAAGAAGCACACUUUUAGCCACUUCAGGUUCUAUUGGCACGAAAUCUUCAGUGGAAGCAACCCUUCCUCGGUUAGAAUCAUUCCACCACAACCAAAGUACACCACAACCACCAGCUUCGGUUCUGUGGGAAUAUUCGACAACGUGUUGACCCUAGGACCCGAGUUGUACUCAAAGGUUGUGGGGAGUGCCGAAGGUUUGUACUCCUCUGCUUCACAAAAAGAGUUUGCCCUUUUGGUGAUUAUGAACUUCGCGUUGACCGAAGGGAAGUACAAUGGUAGCACCAUCACGUUCGUGGGGAGAAGCCCCAUCGCUCACAAGGUGAGAGAGAUGCCUGUGAUUGGCGGCACUGGUGUUUUCAGAUUUGCCAGGGGCUAUGUUGAGUCCUCCACCCUCACUUUUGAUCCCCAAACCAGGAACAACACAAUUGAGUACAACGUUUAUGUUUACCACUAACUGUGUAUUUUGAAGGAUGUUGUGGAGUUUGAUCAUUGUAGUUGUUGUUCUUGAAAAAGGCUUCAGUAUGCCACUCUGUUUCUAUUUAUGUUUCCUCUUUUGAGGUACCAUGGAAUAAAAUCAUCUUUGAGCAA